CUACAUGACAAAGCAGAGAGAGAGAGAGAGAGAGAGCGCCAGUGGGAAAAUAGAUCAAUACUAAAUCCAACAAACUGCGUUACCGUGAUAGGAUGUCAACGUUUCAUUAAAAAAAACCAAAAAACUUAAAUGCACUAGUUGUCAAGUUGCAGUAGGUUCAUAUUCAGAAAGCGGCUGUCUAUGCGGACUGCAUUUUCCUUGCCUAUAAAAGUGAACUUUUAGUCGCAUUUUGUCCGCGUACGCUUCUAGUUAGAAAACUAUACUCAGGUAUCGUUGCACGAACUGUUUUUGCCGAAGCAAAAACCGCGAACGGAUGUGAGGAAAGAGUGCUUGGAGAGAGACUCAACCCCUUUUUCUUUCAAUCGUUCUGUUUCUUUUUGUUUGGGUUAACAAUAGAGCGAGAGAGAGCAGAGGGAGAGAGAGAGAGAGAGAGAGAGAGAGAGAGAGAGAGAGGACGAGGACUCACAGACGCUGAACCUGUUUUCAUGCCUUCAGUCUAGCGGAGCGGGCGAUGGAUGUGAGAUUUUAUCCUGCACCCCCUUCAAGCGUGGGCUCCUGUACAUUACCUACUGAUUCCAGCCUCGCCUCUCUGGACUAUUAUCACUGCAACAAGAACAGACACAGUGUAGGAGACCGUGCUAGACUCUACAGCGGUUUGUCCGUGAGGCCCAACCCUGACGGGAAAAGACUGCCCUCUUCAGGGUUUGAUGGUGAAAACAUGUACAUGAAUGAGAACAACCAAGAGUUCCUUUCCCCAAGUCAGAACUACUCUGGGCAGGGUGGGGGCAGCGGUAACGGAGGAGGCGGGGGCGACGAGGACUAUGAGAUCCCCCCCAUAACCCCACCAAACCACCCCGAGCCACCUCUGCUGCACCUGAUGGACCCAGAGUCCGGCUACCUGUGCCACUCGCUGCCCCACAACGGCCUGAUCAACCCCUACUCCUACCCCGAGCUGCCUGCCCUCAUGAUGUCCAAUAUGCUGGCCCAGGACGGUCACCUCCUCUCCAGCCAGAUGCCCUCGAUGCAGGCGCUGGCUGGGCAAGACAGCAGCCACUACCCCCCACCCCGCCACGCCCCCAUGCUAAGCAGGUCUCCUAGGAUACUGCCCCACCCCAUGAGUGCCCUGUCCCAGCUCAGCUCUCAGAUUGGCCGAGGCUCCUUUACCCAUGGUUCCCCCUCGUCACCGGGAAGUCAGUCGGCCACGCCCUCUCCCUCGAGCUCCGCCCAGGAAGAGGAGGCAGAUUACCACACAAAGAUCACAGCAGAGAAGAGACCAUCAUCAGAUGCACUCAAGCCCAAGCCCAAGCCCCAGAAGAAGAAGAAGAAGAAGGACCCGAACGAACCGCAGAAGCCCGUGUCGGCCUACGCGCUUUUCUUCCGUGACACGCAGGCGGCCAUCAAGGGCCAGAACCCCAACGCCACCUUUGGUGAUGUCUCCAAGAUCGUCGCCUCUAUGUGGGACAGUCUGGGGGAGGAGCAGAAGCAGGGGUAUAAGAGGAAAACAGAAGCAGCUAAGAAGGAGUACCUGAAGGCCCUGGCAGCGUACCGAGCUAGCCUGGUUUCCAAGACCUAUAAUGACCCAGUGGAGAGCAAAACCGCCCAGUCCAGCCAACCCUCGUCGCACAUGAUGCCCCCCAACCCGCCCCUGUACAGCGUGCCCCCGCAACCCUCCUCCCCCUACCUGGGGCCGAGCCCCUUCCCCCUGUCCGACCUCCAGAGCUACGCGGCCGGAGCGCCCCGCCACGGGCUGCCGCGCUCAGCCAUGCUGCCCGCCCUCAGUGCCUCCCCUCCGGCCUCCUUCCAGAUCAGCCCCCCUCUCCACCAGCAGCUCUCCCUGCACCAGGGCUCCCUCCUCAACCAGCCAAUCCGCAUGCAGCAGGUCCAGUCACAGCCAAUCAUCUCUCACCAGAUGGGCCUCCAGGCCUCCCUUCACUCCCCGCCCCCAGGCCAGCAGGGCUUCUCUCACUUACAGUCUGAGUAUCAGAAAACUGUGGGUGGCUCUCAGUCUCCUGGGGCUCCUAACCCAGUGGGACAGAACCCUGACUGGGACAGCGACUACUGCAAUCGGGAGUGUGGAGGAAGCCACUGCAGUGGCAGCAUGAUAGGCAGGGACAAGCCACUCUACCUCACUUGAAGUGAACGGAGAAGAAGAAAAAAAAGACGACAAAAAAAGUGAUGAAGCAACACCAGGGAGUACCCUACACCUCUCCACCCUUCCCUGCCGCCUCCGUUUUUUUUUCCCUCAGUGUCAUUUGCAUUCGUUUUUAGCAGGAUGUGUGCGCGUGUUCUGAAGACUACUAGUGAGCCUCUCGUUUUUUGCCAAGCACUUAAAAUGUACAGGCCUUCCGCCAGAGGCCUCUCACGGCACUCCUCCUUUCUCUGAAUAUAAAAAAAAGACAAAAAAGAGAUAUAUUAAAGGGAAAAAACAAACAAACAAACAAAAACAAACUACCAUAAAACUGGCCCUCAGGGCAAAUGAGCUUUAACUAAAACAGAGGAAGCCCUUCCUCUUCUCGGUUCCUUUUUCCUUAUCUUGUUUUUAUGUUUUAUUUAUUUCUAGCUUGCUAUGUUGCUUUUUUUGGUUUUGUUUUGUUUUUUGUUUUUUUCUUUGCCAAUAACAGGUCCUGUACUGUAGAGAAAUACCCUUCUGAUGAAGUCAUCAAAGGCCGACAUAUUACUGUAGGUCCACCUGACGCUCUGUGAAUUUUGAGAAGAUAUUAGUAAGGACAGAAAAGGAGGGGGGAAAGAAAGAAACAAGUGAAAAGAGAAAUGAAUUUAACAACUUCUUUUUGUAAUUUUAAAGACCUCCAUAGGUCUUUAAUGAUCUGUCACAGUGUGAUUGUAAAUAUCACUUUUUUGGGAUGAAAUUGGGAAAAUGAAGUCCAGAUAUUUUUUUCUUCUUUAAUAUGACUUAUAAUUCAUUAAUUUGUAUUUUAAAUGGUAUCUUGUGAGUGUGUGCUGGUAUGUUCCUGAGUGAGUGCGAGUGUGUGCGUAUGUGUGUGUUGUAAAAAUUGAUCAGCCUGUGCAGGUGAUAUCAGAGGAGUGUUUCACACAAACACAAUCUUGCAUUAAAUCUGUGCUCACUGGUGAGAUUUUCGAUUAAAAGCAAAAACCAUCAUGAACUCUAUGACCUGGUUCUCCACUUGGGUUCCCCAGAGCAACACUGGCCAAGUAGGUUAGACAAUAACCAUGAGAACCCAGUCUGGUUCUGCAGAGGCCCAGAAGAGGAGCUUUUUCUAACCAGCUUGUUUUAGGAAACCAACUCUUAUAGCGAUUUGAUUGGCUUUGCUAAUUAUCUCAGGUUGUACAUUUCAGACUGAAGAAAAACGGGAACAGGUUUCACUGGAAUGGGACCCCAAGAAUUAAAACACGCAUCUGAAUUUAAAGGCAAUUUGAGUAAUUCUGGUCGGACUGAUAAUCCCAAACCAGUGCAUUAUUUAGAGGUGAACAAAAAUGUGCUCAAUGUCCGAUAUUACAGCACACAUUUAAAACAACAGUGGGUCUAUAGUUUUCUAGUAGCUUUGCUAGGUGUUAUAUUGUGUUGAUCUCAUUCUUAAGUUUUGUGGGGAAAAAAUGAAAUACAUUUGAUCAUUUAGUCAAGCUUUUCUUUCUCUCACUGUAGCAUAAUAUUUUAGUUUGGUAAAGAGAAUAACUUUUAAGACAUUUAAUUUGUGUACAAACCUGCCAAUUGUAGUUAUUUUAUUUGUAAAGCCAGUAAUGAUAAUUAUUUUAAAUUGUUACCAACUUAUCUUUUUUGCAAUUUGCCCAUCAGUUAUUUAAUUAACAGGUUUCCUAUCUAUUUAUGAACAAAAUGAGAUCAUUUUUGCUUAUAACUACAUUAUUUGAAUUUUCUCAUUUGUUUGUUUUUGUUUGUUUUUGUUUUUGCUCUUUUGGUUUGAUGUUGAUUGCUUUUUUUUUUCCUUUUUUUUUUUUUUUCCUUUUUUUUUUUUUUUUUUACCCUUUUUUAAGCUGGCCAUUCCUUUCCUGGCCAGCCAGGUCAUUUUGUGUCACUAUGCCUUUUUUGUUUCAUUUGUCCGUAAUAAAAAAAUGUUAAAGGUGAAAA